AUGAAAUCUACUCCUGCUACCAUUUCCGAUCCACCUUGGUUUUCGGUUACAAUAUGGCGUUAUAUUUUAAGUGGAACAUCUUGUAUGACAGCAGGAGCAAUUACAAAUCCAAUCGAUGUCAUCAAAAUCAGAUUACAGUUAGAAAAUGAAUUAUCUGAAAGUAGUCGCGGUAUGCAAAUGUUCAAAACGCGCUAUUAUAGAGGUUUCCUUAAAGGAAUGCUUCAAAUAGCCAAAGACGAAGGUUUCCGUGGCUUAUGUAAAGGAAUGUUCGCCUCUGUCGUUCGUGAAGGAUCCUAUAGUACACUUAGAAUCGGAUCUUACGAACCAUUAAAAGUUUUAAUGGGAGCUCGUGAUGUAGCUCACACACCUCUAUGGAAGAAGGUUGUUGCAGGUGCAGUCUCUGGAUCAAUGGCUAGUUUAGUAACUAGCCCCAUUGAUUUAGUCAAAGUUCGACAGCAAGCCGAAGGAAAACUAGCUUUUGGUCAAAGUAAGCGUCAUGCGAACGCUUUUGCUGCCGUACGAGAUAUAAUCAGACAGGAAGGUCCUCGUGGUCUAUUAACAGGCAUGAUGCCAACAGUACAGCGUGGUGGAAUUGUUACCGCUGCUCAGUUAUCCUCGUAUGAUCAUACCAAGCAUACUAUUCUAAAUUUUGGUGUGAUGCGUGAAGGACCAGUUCUUCAUAUAGUUUCCUCAAUGGUAGCCGGAUUAGUUUGUGCAUUCUUUACCUCGCCUGUUGAUGUUGUUAAAACACGAAUGAUGAAUCAACACAAAGGAGAGAAAAUAAUUUAUAGGUCAACGUUAGACUGUUUCGUUAAAACUUGGCGUGCUGAACGCCUUGCUGGAUUUUAUAAAGGUUUUAUACCCAAUUGGAUGCGAAUUGGACCACAUACUGUUAUAACUUUUUUUAUAUUUGAACAGUUGCGUCGGAUGGUCGGUAUUGCACCAAUUUAG